AUGAAGCAGAAUUUCGAUGCUGAUGCCAUCAAACAAGCGAUUGCUGAGAUCAUGAGCGGUCCGGAAGAUUCAGAAGACACUGCGUCUAUAAAGACCUUCUACACAGCAUCUUCGAUUCCAUAUAUGGAAAGACAGAUGUGGAGAAAGAUUGAAAGAGCUCUACGUGGGCGUUUUACAGCAGAGUUCGUGCGCGACAAUUAUGCUUUGAUUGUGGACACAGUCGAAGAAACUGUUUGGGAGAAUUCCAUACCCAGGCGAGGGGACACUACGACACCUGCACAGAUAGUGGCUAUAGAAUCUGCAUUAGCAAGCACUAAGACGCCUACUUCAUACAGAUCCGAUCGAUUAAGCACGCUAGCGGGCGUUAUCGACGAAGGUGCAGAAGGUACAGCCAUGGCUUCGCAGACAGAGCGAAGGGUCUCCGACCUACCGUUAGCACAACAUAUCCCAGAGAUGGGAGAAUAUGGACCCUCUGCUUCAUGGAAAGUCCCACCCAAUUCCCCCAUUAUCUCAUUAGAUUCGAAUUUCUAUGAAGACAUCCUGGAUUUCCCAGUUCCCCUUCGUCAUACACACGGUUCGUUGUCCUCGACUUCCUCUGUUACUUCCCCUAGAUUUACGCGAAUCCUUUUUCCGCAGUCGAGGUACAAAAAGUUCUUGAGAACAAUUGAUAUUUCCUUUCAAGACAAGAGUAUCCGCAAAUGGUCGGUGUACGUCAUUGGUACGGUUUUGUUCGAUAUCCAGUGUGAUGACAACCUGUUCACUUCUCGAUUCCUCAACGAGAGUUGUGUAGAAUGGCAACACUGCGAAGACUACACCAGUUCCUCUGAGAUCAGUGGGACUGAGAUGAAUUUCCUAGGUGAGGUCCAAGGAAGAUGGCAUGUUGUAAAAUCCAGCGAUCGCGACAACUUGCGACCCAACUAUGAAAUCACCACCUUCAAGGUUAUUGAUUGUCCAUAA